UCUCUCAUCAGCAGAUAAAAUAAACUUAAACAUCCAUUGUCAAUUAUAGAUGGUUAACAUGAUGCCAUAUAGGUCAAAUUCCUCUCGCGAUGCUGCUAUAUCUCACUAUCGCACAUUGUGAUGAAAUGUAAACAGAGACGCUAAUGGAUUCCACAGAUGUUGUCGGUUCUGUUGCUGUUUCUUGGGAGAAACAGACUUAAUAACUGUCCGCCUAGGUUGCUUCUUUAGCAUAAUUAAGGGAAGAUAAACAGACCAGGACCAAAGUCCAUCUGAACACAAGAUAAAAAAAAAAAAAAAUGAGGUGAAUGCCCGCAGCAGACAGCAGAGAGGCUCAUUCAGCAGAAUGGUGGGAGAGAGAAGUUUGUUAAGACAAAGGUGAAUUAGUGGUGUUAGACACUCAGAGGGAAUUAUUGGACUUUGAGGAUGAAACAUGGCUUUAUGAGGAAUUUCAGAUGACAACAGAUCCGACAGCAUGUCUUUUAGGUAAAAGGUGAAUGACAGCAUGUCUUUUAGGUAAAAGUUCUGGGAGGUGGAGGAGGGGAUGGUGUGCCUCAGCGACGAAGAGUCUUUCGUCUAAUCAUGCACUGAAGCCCCUGGUACCCACUCUGUGCCUGAUGGUCGUGGUGAUACACGGCCUUGCGGACAAACUCCGAAACUUUGUGGUCGCCAUCUUCAUCCCUCAGUACCACUACCCCUAUGCAGUGGCUCUCUGCUUUGCCCAGGUUCUGGUCUCUCUCUUAGUCUUAAAUCUCCUCCAUGUCCUGGAUCUGGUGCAUCUAAAGCAUUACUCCAGGUCCCUGGGUGAGAGGGUGUUGGUGCCUUCUAUCUGUAACAGCAUCCAUGCUGUUCUGGCCAUGUGGGCCAAGGCUAGCACCUCGUACACCGGCCUCUUCCCCCUUCUCCUGCCUCUGCUGCCCAUGGUAACUGUGGGCUUCAGUUUCUCUCAGAAGUUGACAUCCACCCCAUCUAUCCACAUAUCUGUUUUGAUUUCCAUCCUGGGUGGGACAUCUUUUGCUAUCACAGCCUCCCAGGGUCUGUCAGGUGUUGAGCGUCUGGAGUACAUGUAUGCACCUCUGGCUUUAAUCCUCCACAGUCUGUCUCUGACUUGGUUGACUAAAGUGUCUGAAGCUGAGCGCCGCCACCACCAAGAUGCCCAAGCCUCUAUAUUUGACAUCUACUACACCCAGUUGGUCAAUCAGAGCUGGGUGCUGGGCCUCCUGUGGCUGCUGCACCCGGACAGUCCCUGGCAGGUGUUGAGUCACGGCAGCUGGCAAAGCCUGCUCUUCCAAGGAUACCUGCUCGCUAUUCUCCUGCUGGGGAUGGUGCUGAAUUUUCUGGUCGGUAUGUCGGCUCUGUGUGUCUCACCGCUUGCUGCUGCGCUGCUACACUCAGCAAGGCGGGUGGUGCAGCCGUUCCUCCAGCUUUUGUAGUUUCACUCGCAAAGGACUUAAAACUAUUAUUGACUGUUUUGUACUGUAUUAACAUACACACAUUGUAGUUUGAUGCACAUCAGGACCACAGUCAUUUUAUUCUAUGGAGAAUAACAAGUUACAUCAGCUUCUUUCCUCCGUUCACAAUAACCUACUGAGCCACUAAGAUAAAAUACAGAAUGUCAGCAGAGAAGCAACACGCAUUGAUAGAACAUUGCAAACACAUUCUGUAACAAGCUAAUGAUUUACAGUUGGGUCCAACAGUAUAAAUGAGGCCACUGCCAGUAUAAAUGACCAUUUUCUGUAUUUUUCUGUUCUUUCCUUUUAUUAACCAGUACUCAGUUGACAAGUCUAAAUUACAUAAAUGAAGGCUUGAAUUUUAUGGCACUACAUAUUUACUUUAAAUACUAACAUUUUUUAAUAUGCCCUUAAUCCAUGUACAGUAUCUUUUUUCAGUAUUGUCACUUCUGUUGUUGCUUACACUGUAUAUGUGACAUGAUUUAUUUAACAGUAUUUAAGAUGAACCGAUUUAAAUUCUCAUGUUCGGCCUUGAAUGAUUCUGACAGCUUUUUCAGAUGAGAAGCGAUGAUGUUGAGGACCGGGGUUAUUUGUUCAGGACACAGACCAUUAAAAACGCUUUCUUACGUUUACAGUGACAGUGUUCAAAAUGUUUAAACUCAGAUCUUUGAGGUUUGUAGAAGUUGCCCUUGAAUGAAUCUGACUGAAGGUUAGUCAGAUGAGAAGGGAUAAUGAUAAGGAACGAGUUCAAUGGUGCCAUCAACACAUUCUUUGAGUCAUUAUCAGAACCUCAUUAUUUUAAUUUAAGAAUAUGCUAUUAUUUGUUUACUCAAAGUAUGUAUUGCCUUAAAAACACUGAGUAAAUAAUUAAAAUGCUUAAACAUAUAAUAUGAUAAUAAAGUUGAACUACAUGAUGGUGCACCGGAGAGAAUCUGUACAAAAUCUGAAAUGACACUGAAAAA